AAACAAAUACCGCUGUGGGGAAUCACAUGAUCAAAAUAAUCUCUAAACCAAAGUUAUAUUUUGAAGAACAUGAAUAAAUUUCCUGUCAUGAUAAGAUAUGAAAUUUAAACAUAGCCUAUCAUAUGACUAAUGAAAAUUGUUAAAUUAUCAUGGAGUUGACAAUAAUGAUAGAUUUCCUGUAAUUACAAACACUAAGGAAAAUAAGAAGUAUCAGUUUCUUGAAGUGUUCCAGAUAACCAAAAGGUAACACAGAAUGGCUGUAAGUUACAAUGACCUCAUCUACGGCGUUGGGAAACCUGGAUAUGCGCCACAUGGAAAAUUGUAUUAUAGUUCUGGUGAACGUUUAUCUACCACAGUAAAUGAGCUGACUGACAUUAUUUGUGAAACUCUCACAGAAAUAACAGACAACAGAGGACCAAUAGAAGAGUUUAUGAUAGGUAAAACAUUUGCUAGAAAGAAAAAAAGAAGAACUUUUGACCCCCUAUACUUCAAUACAUGGAAACUAGAUGGUGGUGUAAAUGGACGAUGGAAUUCGAAAUACAAACAUGAAGGAUUCGACGGGCUGAUAGUCUUUUGUGCUUUCACAAGAGAAUCGCUUCCCAGAAAAGAUUUUAAAGAGGAUGAAGAUGACGAUGAGGAUGAAGAUGAUGAAGGGAAUGAAGAUGAUGAAGGGGGUGAAGAUGAUGAAAUGUCUGAAGAGGCUGAAGAGGCUGAACCGGGUCCGCUGUUCAACCACCAAGAUUACUCGGUGGCUGUCGAACAACAGCUGAUCCACCGCUUUGCUUAUGAGAAAAUGGAUCCAAGAUUGGCCAACUGUUCAUUGAGUACCGGAAAUGUUGAGAAGAAAGGCGCAAAAGCGUAUGUCAUUUAUAUGGCCUUUAAACUCGAUCGUGAAGAAUAAUUCGAAUAUGACAACCAUUCAAAAUUCAAUAUAUGUACUUGUUAAAACUUCAAAACCCUGUGAAUUGUAUAUAUGUUUUAACAUUUGUGUAAAGUUUGAGGAUUUGACAUUUUGUAGUUUUAGAGAAAUCUGGAACUUGAAUGUCCAUGUGUUAACAUUUUUGUUAGUCAAUUUCAUAUGUGGCUAGAACUGGACAAUGAAAAUGAUUUAUUAAAAACAUUUAGAGGCAUUGUUCAGAGCUGAAACUUUAUUAUCAUGUCAAGGGUGAUAUUGUUCUAAUUAUAUUGAUUUUUGUAGCUUUUUUUAUAUGUCUCCUUUUAAAACAUGCCUUUAGAUAUGAAUACCUUUAGAAUCUGGAAUGUGUGGUUAUGAGUUUAAAUUGAUUUAUAAAACUGGACUAAC